AUUACACUUUCUUCCUACGCAUAAUAAUAUUAUACCACAUUCUUGGAGGAUUUGAAUGCAUUCCCAGAAUUAAUAUGUUAAUUCUUAUUUUAAAUUGAAUUAUAUCUCACUUUCAUUUAAUUUUAUCAAUAAUAUUAUGCUGUAAGUAAUUUUAAUCGUGUUUAUUUUUAGAGACCUGUUUGUAGAAUUAAUGCAUGAUUGGACACAUUCUUUGUAUCUGUAGCUGCACAAAUAAUAAAGUGGAAAACAUAUGAAUCUAAGAUUUAUAAUUGGAUUUUCUUAAUUUCUUAAUCAUUAGUUCUUCACUUUUGUUACGAGUAUACCUGUAAGUUGAUAAAUGUUAGUAGUUUUUGGGCUCAUUUUCUAUAAAAGACUAUUUUAUCUAAUUUUAUGCUUGAAUAUUUGUGCAAUUUAACCUACUUUUCAUUAAUCAACAUUGUCUGUCCAGGGCUGUAGAAGUAGAUAGAAUUAAAAUCUGUGUGCAAUUUUUGUGUCAUCGAAUUUCUGUGUAGUUAAGUUGCUUUCUUUGCAUGAGCUUUAAUCUUUCCAAGUAACUUUUGAACAACUUCAUAGACUUUUAGUAUUUCAGACUUGGAAGUGUUGGUUUUAGAAAUGGUUAGGAGUGUAGAGCUCAGUGAGGCAGAUCAGAAACAACUUGAAGAAGGAGGCGCUUUAGAUCCCAAAACUUUAAAAAACAGAAAAUAUGAAUAUGAACAUUUUAUGAAAUGGAUCAAAGAUGUAAAAAAAGUGGAAAAUAUAGAAGAAGCUGCUGAUUCAGUCGUCGAAGAAUGUUAUAACGAGUAUUUCUUCACUCUCAGGGUAACCCCUACGGGUAAGCAUGCACUAAAAGGAGAAGGUAAAAGGAGAAAGGCGCCCCAAAUUGAAUUCUGCAAGAAAAACAAAGUCCCAGGUCAAGCUAGCUCUGAAAGAAAUUCACAAGAUCGACAUGGAUGACGAGAUUAAGUAUCCUGAUGUUAAGAAGAAGUGGAAAGCAUAUACAGAACUGUUAGCGAAAGAAGGUCUGUCUUUUACUGAACAUCACCAAGAAGUUUCUGCUGAUUCUAUCGAUCAGAUCUUCAAGCUUGUGUACCAUGCUUUUGAAGCCUUGAAGAAUAGAGACGAUCCUAAUUUGCUUGCUGCACAUCUGGGAAACAUACCUGCAGAUUUUCAUCCUAAGCUAAACCAACUUGCUCAGUAUGGUGUACAGCUCAUCGUCACCCAGUUUGACGCUCGACAGGGUUGUGAAGGAAUUAAUAGUUUGAAAGUAGAAAACUUCAAGAAGUUUGAAGACAAAAAUCGUAAAAUAUUCUACUUCAAGAAGGUAAUAACUGAAAAAGAUAAGAACCACAAAUUUGGACAGAAUGAGGUUGAGAAUACUGGGCUGAUUCCUUUCCUUGCGUUGAAUACCUUCUACAAUCCUGGAAAGAUACUCAAAGAAUACUUGGAGUUUCUUCCUUCUAAAGACGAUGACGCUUUAUUGUUCCCAAUGGCAAAACUUACAAGGAAAGGUUUCAAUGUCUUGGAUCCAAAGAAGCAGGUUCUCUUCUAUCUGAACAGAAAGAUUGGCCACAAUACCAUCCGCCAGAUGUUACCAGAGCUGUGCACAGCUGCAGGAGUAGAAAGAAGCACUAAUCAUCAAGGAAUGAGUAAUUUUUAUAAAAAUUCUGUGUCCUAGUGUAAUGGAAACUUUUGAGUAUCAACUACUUUAUGAGCAGCCCAAUUUUAUUUAUCCCCAACCUUAAAAAAAAACAUCAUUAGGAUUAAUUAUAGGAAUUUUUAAAAAAUAACAUUGCUCGUUUUAGUGCGUACUACAGUUGUUCAUGCCUUGAGACGUGCUGGAUACCCACUGGAGGAAAUCAUGAAGUUAACCGGACAUAAAUCUUUGGAAACUCUCUCAAGCACAUACAACUUCAAGAUUGAUACUGCUGAUAGGAUAAACAUGGCAGCUGCUAUAGGAUAUGGCCCCCAGCUUAGUAGAGGAGAAAUGUCAGAUGCAUCAGGAAUUUAUACAUUAUUAGCAAUUUUUUUAUGAAGAACAUGUUAUUUCUACUGAAGCUUAAAUGCUUUUUUGAAGUUUUAAAUCCUGGUUGUAAGAAUAUGAAUUUUUUUAAAGGGCUGUUUUAAAUACUUAAGUCUUAACCCCCCUCUCCCGCUAAAAUUUUCAUAUGAUCCUACAUUUUUCAAGUGGCAUUUUUGAUUUAAAACAGUAUUCUUUAAACAUCAGAUGGUUAAAUAUUCGGAAGAUUUGUGUUUUUAUAUCUCAGAAAAAGUUAAUUUAUCUUUCCCUUCAUUGGGUCUAUUGCAUUAAUCACUUUUUAACCACAAUUGAAAUUGAUCAAAUUUCAGCUUGAAAAACAAAUAAAUGUUUACUUUACUGGUUGGUAAAUAUUAAACGUUUGCUACACAAUAUAAUGUAUAACUUUCUUCUAGUGUACACAAAGUUACCAAUACAGAGUAACAAUCCUGCUGUUAGAUACUUUUCUGUUCAAGAAAAUACUGAAGGAGGAAGGGAUGAAAAUAUCUUCAAACAUUCACAUGAUAGAACAGUUAUACCAAACUUCAACUUGGAUGAUGUUAUCAUUGAAGACGAGAACGAUGAUUUCAAUUCUGAGGAUGAUUUAAUGAUACUUGAAACCACUCAGCAAAUCGAAGAGGAGCUCAGUAAGAGGAGAAAAGCCAAAUUUGAUGAGUUUAAUUCAGAGGAUGAGAGUGAUUUGUUGAAAGCAGCAGAAACAGCAGAGAAGCAAAACCUAAGAGAGUUGAAAGCUAUAGCUGAAAGUCUGUCAAGGACACUUAAUGAUGCCAAAAAAAGCAAUUCUCCUCCCACUGCAAUAAAUCAACCUCUUCCUGUAAUACCUGGGCAUGUACCUAACCUUGUCUAUGGAGGAAUGCCUCCUGUAAAUUACUGUAUGAAUUGGCCCCAUGGAAACACCUGGUUCCCAGGUAAUCCAGGUUAUCAUCCUUACGGGUCAGCACCUGUAUUUAUGCCUGGAAAUAUGAUGAUGCCUUUAGUAUACCCAAACCAGGUACAGGGCAAUCAAAGUUUUGGAUUUAAUACCAAUUUGAAUCAGAACUAUCAAAUGGGUCCACAUCAGAAUACAAUAGCAGUAAGUGUACAUUCAGCUCAGAACAAUAAUGUUUUGGGAUCAAACACAGUGACUGAUGAACAUGCUCUUCUUCAAAACAUUCAAGUUGUAGUGGCUGAGAAUGAUUCAGAUAUCAUCUUGCAGGAUCUAGGGACUAUAGAGGUCCCAGUAAUUUGUCAUUCCGAAACAAAACCCUUCGAGAUCUCUAACUUGAGGGUUGUUGAACCCCUCAAUCCAGAUAUGAUGAACAAUCCUACGAUCAAGGUUGGUGAACCCCAGAUUCCAGAAAUGAUGAAGAACCCUGAAUUCAGGGUUGAUGAACCCCAGAUUCAAGAUAUGUUUAAGAAUCCUAACAUCAGGGUUGGUAAACCCCAGUAUCCAGAUAUAAAGAAUCAUGAGUUGAAGAUUUCUAAACCACGGAAACUAGAAAUGAAGAAGAUUCCUGAGCUCAAGUUUGCUAAAGUCCAGAAACCAAAAAAGAAGAAUAUCCCUGAACUCAUAACUUUAGAUAAUGAAGAUAACUUGGUUAUGACUCAAUCCCUAAUGGGGGGAAAAUCUGGGAAAAAAAUUCCACCUAUUUCUAAGCAGUCCUGGAUGCAGAUUUGCAAAAAAGUGGAUUGGAAUCCUAAAUUCAAGGUUGCUAAACCCCAGAAUCCAGAUAUGAUAAAGAAUCCAAAGAAGGUGGGUGAACCACGGAUUCCACUUCCAGAUAUGAUGAAGAAUUCACGAUCAAGGGUUGUUGAACCCAAGAUUCCAGAUAUGAUGAAGAAUCCUAAGUUCAAUGUUGUUGAACCUCAGAUUCCACCUAUUUCUAAGCAGUCCUGGAUGCAGAUUCGCAAAAAGGUGGAUUGGAGCAAGCCAUACAUCCCUAGCAGCAAGAAGUGAUGUUAAAUAGUAAAUAAUGUCACAUAAACGUUAAACAAUCAAGUCCGGCAUUAGAGUCAAAGAUUCUUUGUCUGUCAUCUUAAACGAUGAUUUUUUUUUCAUUAAUAUUUUUUUGUUUUAAUGUUGAAUUUGUAUUUCUUUGUUUUCUUAUGCUCAGUUAGAUAUUUUUCUCUUUUUUUCCUUUCAAUUCUCAUUUCUUUUUAGCUUAUUUUGUUAUUCCUUCAGCUAUGGUAAAGAAGUGAUGUUAAAUAUUAAAAAAUGUUACAUAGACAUUAAACAAUCAAAUCCGGCAUUUAAAGUCAAAGAUACUUUGUCAGUCAUCUUAAAUGAUGAUUUUUUUUCAUUAACAUUUUUUGUUUUAAUUCAUAAUUUGUAUUUCU